AUGGAUCCCGAGGCGCGCGAGUUGCGCGCCUUGGAGGCGGAGAUCGCGGCGCUGCAGCGGGAGUGCAAGAUGCUGCCAAAGCCCGAGGAGAAGACCUUGUCCGGAGCCCGGAAAUCAUUUCAAAAAAUUUCCCAGUCAGAUUCUGAGGAAUUGGAAUCCUUGAAAGACUUAAAAAGUCAGCUUGGACAUUUAAAAUCUGAACUCUCAUUUCUGAGUAAACUUACUGGCAUCAAUAUAAGAAACUAUUCCAAGGUCGAGGACAUUGUCGACACUGAAGUGACAGAAAAGGAUACAAAGAAAGUUCUACAGAGACACAGAUUAUCAGGAAAUUGCAACAUGGUUACAUUUCAACUGGAAUUUCAGGUUCUGGAAAUUGAGACUAAAGAGAAAAUUUCUUCUGUUAUAACUGACCUCAGUAUAAUAAUGGAACCCACAGAAUAUUCAGAAUUAAGUGAAUUUGCAUCUAGAGCAGAAGAAAAAAGAGAUUUGCUCAUGUUUUUCCAAAGUCUGCAUUUUUUCGUGGAGUGGUAUGAAUAUCGUGAGAACACAUUUAAGCAUUUCAAGGAGAAAUACCCAGAUAGUGUGUACCUCUCAGAUGGCACCUGUUCCGACUGCAUGGAGAUCCACAGUGCCAGACAGCCAGGGUUUGAGCUGAUGAUUGUUUGGAGGAUACAAAUAGAUGACCAAGGGAAGGUUUUCCCAAAGCUGGACCUUCUCACCAAAGUCCCAGAGCGAGCCCUGGAGCUGGACAAGAACAAGGUCAUAGAAACUGCUCCUCUGAGUUUCAGAAGCCUGCUGGGAGUACUUGGAAUUGAAGCUGCUCUAGACAGCCUGAUAAGAUUGUUCAGUGCAAAAAACGACUAGUUCCCGCUGGCAACACACAGGAAUAAGGUGCUGGGCUGAGGAACAUGCAACUUAUGUUAAAUAUGACCAUUUCUCUUUUCCAGUUAGAAACUACACCCUUCAGACAUGCUUUUUAUGUGCACUCGUGGUACAUUAUAUAUAAGCUCCUUGGCAUAGAAAUAAAGCUUUUCAGACAAGUUAAAAAGUUUAAUAUUGGAGAAAUUGUUCCAAGAAUGGUUGUCCAUUCCCAAAUGAGUGCUAUGCUAAGCCUCCAGUCUCAUAUCAGGUUGGCCCAAGACCACAUGAGACACAGUAAAAUCCAAAGCUAGCCUGCACAGCAGACUCUCCCAGCAAGUCCUGA